AUGCAGCUCAAGCUUUCCUUUGUUGCUGGCCUCAUCGCCUCGGCGGCGCUUACCGUUGCCAUCCCGCUCGAGCAGCAGAAGGGCAUUGACAUUGCCAUUCAUAAGCGCGCCACCCUCACCAAGGCAGACACGAGCGAGAUCGACUGGAGCAAGGUCAACGCACACUUGUCGGGCCUCCGUGCCAAGUACGCCAGUACGCUGGCCGCCUACGAGCGAAACACGGGCAACUCUCACCCUCUCAAGCGCGAGCUCGCCGGCUCCGUCGCUAAGCGCGCCACGGGAUCGGUCGCUCUCACCGACCAGGAGGACGGUGAGCUCUGGACCGGUACUCUUGCUUUCGGCACGCCUCAGCAGAGCUUGACGAUCGAUUUCGACACUGGCUCCUCGGACAUGAUCGCCAACCCUGGCUCUUACAACCCGAGCCAGUCGUCUACCUCGGCCACUAACGGUGACACAUUCUCCGACUCGUACGGUGACGGAAGCACCGCUCAGGGCACCAUCUACACGGAUGUGAUCAACAUUGCCGGUCUCUCCGCCUCGGGUGCUGCUAUUGGCGUCGCCCAGCAGAACUUCAUCAGCCCCGGCGACGGUCUCGCCGGCAUGGCCUUCCCUCAGCUCUCGCAAUUCGGCUCCAACUACUCUCCCUACUUCUACAGCCUCAAGAAGUCGGGUGCUGUCUCGGCGGGCGUGUUCCAGUUCGACCUGAAGACUUCGGGCUCGUCGCUCUUCCUUGGCGGUACCAACUCGGCCAAGUACUCGAGCACGCCCGCCUACGUCAACGUUGACAACAACGUUGGCUACUGGCAGGUGGCCGCCACGGUCAACAGCCAGAGCAUCCAGUCGGUUGUUGACACGGGUACCACCCUCAUCGUCGCCCCCACUUCGCAGGCCCAGACGUUCUUCAACUCGCUCGGCUUGCAGACCUUCACCCAGGACGGCACACUGUACGCUUACUACAACUGCAACAACACCCCUAAGGUUACCUUCAAGUACGGCAGCUACAGCAAGACUCUCUCAGCCGCUACCACCACUUUCGGCACCACCAACAACGGCCAGUGUGUUCUUUCCAUCGUCGGCGAGGACGUCGGCAUCAACGCCUGGGUCACCGGUGACGCGUUCCUUCAGAACGUCGUUGCCAUCUUUGACACUGACAACAGCCGUGUCGGCUUCGCCAACAAGGCCUAA